CUUUUUCACAAAGCACUCCAUCUCACCUUGACACAACUUUUCGCCUUUCUUAAUGACUCGCGCAUAUCUACAACCAAAGGAUGCGCUAGUGCUAAGCACUGUUACUCUCUUGUUUAUCUAUUUUGGUGUUGUGUUGUGGACAAACUAUGCAAUAAUCAUUCCUUACUGGACACCACUCUUCUGGGCAGCCGCACUUUCAGUCCCUCUGCAUGGACUCAAAACGCGCUUACUUCCAACGCUCUACAACGUGCUCGAAAAUGAUAUUAUGGACAUCGUUGCAUCCGCAAUUGGCACUGUUACUAUAUCCAUCAUCCAGUUUUUCUUAGGGAGCUAUAUCGCUAGUGCCAUCCAAACUGUUUUCCAUAGUUACUGCUACAUCGUUUAUAUGAUUUGUGAUGGGCGGCCACGUGGCUUGAACAAGGAGCAAGUUAAAAGAUCAUCUGGAGAAAACAACUCAGUCAAGGAAAAAGGGAAUACUUGGGAGCAAGAAGGCAUUCCCAAUGUAUACUAUAAACGUACGCCUGCAAACGAUAUCGAGGAAUCGCGAUUAGACAGAGUAGAUCCAGAUGAUUAUGAACUUCGCCCUUCCUAUCAAAUUCUUGUAGAUCAGGAGCCCGAUAGAUAUAUGCGUCCUGUCAAUGGACCAUCUUAUACCAACCUUCUCAGGGCUGCACUUAUUUAUACGGUUCUGCAAUUCACAACGCCCAUGGAGCUAUGGGAGCUUAUAAAACUAAAAUGGAGCGAGAUACAGUUCGGUACGACAACACAAUUGACGUGCCUGAUCAUGACGGUCAUUGUGCAUAUGCAGUUUGUCUGCAUGAAGCAGUUAGUACCCAUAAUUGAGCGCGUUUUCUACCCAAAUUUAUCGCUCGAAGAACGGCAGGAACGCUCUCUCCUUAAUACUAUUCCUAAGAUGGUCAGGAAGACAUUGCAGGAGAGUCUUAACUCCGUGCUUGCAACCAUUAUCGUUCUAUCAACGUUAUCAAUAUUGGGGAUCCUAAGUACCAUCCUGUCCAUUGGCGUCGUACAUGAUGUCCAAGGGCUGUUGGUGCAGACACAUCAAAGAGUUGCAAUUAUUAAAGAAGGCCAGCUACGACAUGGAUUCCACGACAUGGGAUAUGAGUCAGUCGCGAAGAAUUCUCUCACGAAACAACUGGAUGGAGCCUUAGAACAGGCAUAUGAAGCUGCUAUUAACCGGUUUGAUCCGAUCUUGAAAGAAGCAUUCCCUGAUCUCGCUUGGGGUGCUAAUGACUGGGCCUAUAACGUGGCAAAUGUCGUGGUAAAUCCGGACCAGGAUUAUCAUUACUAUUACAUUCCUCGUCACAAGCAAAAACAGCACCAAAUGGAGACACAGCAGGAGGAGCAACAGCAUCAGCAGGAACAGCAUCAGUCUGCUCCUGUAGACUCAUGCAACGCUGAGGCCAAGCAAGAAAUCAAUUUGAAUGGGUUAAUACGAGACACUAAUCAAUCACCGCUUAACGACAACGUUGUAUCUACAUCGUUAAGCGCUGCCAAAGAUAGCAAUGUCGAAAAGGAGGACAAAAAGAAAGCGGAUGAAGGAUUUCAGACCAACUCAGAAGAAACAAAGGAAGGAAAAGAAGAUGAAGCUGAGGUAGUCCGGGAAACCCCAGAGUUGUGGAUCAUCCCCUCAUUGGAUUCUCUUGGUUUUUCAGGAAGCGAUGCCGACGUUUCCAUAACAGGACUUCUACAUUCGAAUCAAAGAAAGAAGGCAAUCAAUAUUUCGCAAGUCAAGUCUUUGCUGACUAUUGUAUCUGGAUUCAGAGGAUUCGAUACUGAAAAUAUGCUCUGGGGAUUCAAUGCAUUUAAUGAUCUUCUUUUCCGUUGCAUUCUGUUUUUACUGGGCUUGUUAACGCUCACUGGCCUCAAAGUCUCGCCUUUACAGAGAAUUGGAUGGAUGAUUGAUCAAGCUUUCGUCUCUCAAGUACCGAAUUUUGAUUCAACACGACUCCCCUCCUCUGCUUCGCCCGGACGUGCGAUUGCUAAGAGCUUGGAGUUUGCCAUUUCUGGAACAUUUGUUGCAAUGCUCAAGCUCUCGAUUUAUCAUACUUUAUUCACGCUCAUAUGGACCCGUUCUUUGGCCAACCAGGUCUUUCCUCUUAUCGCGGUGGGCGCUGCAUCGUCAGACUUUGUUGCUGUAAAAUAUGCUUGGUUGACAUCUCUCUUCGGUAUCAUUUUAGUCCUGUUCCCGAUCGCACCUAAUUGGCUGGUUGCAUUGCCUGGUGGUAUCGUUCACUUUUAUAUCUAUGGUCAAAGACCUAUAGAAGCGAUCGCUAUGGUACUGGGUCAUGUAGUCAUGUCUUCUUUGGUGGAUGGCGCCGUUUGGGACUCUCAUGUUGUCCGAACUGCUCGUCCAAGUGUAUCAACGGCGUUCUGGCUUGGGUUAUGGACGUUUUUGGGAGGUAUGAAAUGGGGUCCAAAAGGCCUAUUGCUUGGGCCUGUAUUCUUUGCAGCCAUUCCCACGAUUUGGUCUGCAAUAUUGGAGCUACGAGGCAAGCCAGGGCCACAUAGCAUAACAGAUUACGAUCACAAGGCUUCAAUGUUUCCGAAUGCAUCAGAUGAAAUUGAAGAGGAGACUUGGCCCCGAAAUAACAAGCAGCGCUGCCGCGACAGAAGAGGAGACCAAGAAACUGAUGAGGAAGUAGAGUAUCAUAUCCGUCAACGAACGAGUGGCACUGGCAAGAAUCGGAACCGAAGUACAAGAAGGGCAAAUGGAAACCGUCAUUAAAAGAUAGUUUAGAUAGUCUUCAAAAAGCUAUUCAAAGUAGUACAAUCUUGGCCCAAAGACAAAGAGGUCAGCUGAAUAAUUACUUUUUAC